CACGGCCGGUGAGGUAAUCUGAGGAAGAAGAACAGCUGCUGAUAACCGGAUCAAUACUUCAAAGUUUAUUUCACUCCUGAACUUUGUCUUUUGACUCAAACAGGUGAAGAUGAAGGUGUGUGUGUGAGCUGAUGUGGACGUGAAUUCAGCAGAAUGGACCAGUGUGAGGACAGAGAGGAGGGAGUCCCUCCCUCUAAAACCUCUCUGUGUGGAGAACAUGAGAGUCGGAGCAAAGCUCAGAGGAAUCAACCUGGACCUGGACCUGGACCUGGCCCUGGUUCUGGACCUGGACCUGGACCUGGACCCAGCUGUGUGUCCUUGAAGAGUGACAACUCAAAGGACGAGUUUAUUGACUUCAAAGGAGAGCAACAUUCUGCUGUGAAGAGGGUCCAUCAGAAAAGAGACUCCCUUGAACAUGAGCCCAGCUGUUUGUCCUUGAAGAGUGACCACUCAAAGGGCUGGUUAUUUGACUUUAAAGGAGACCAACAGUCUUCUUCAGAGAGAGUGGACCAGCAAAGCUCAGAGCCUCCCAGCGGUCCGUCUGUCCAGCAGCAUCAGACACAGCUGGACUCCAUCUUUCUGCUGCUGGAGGACAACAUUGUCAUGUUUGUGAAGAACGAGCUGAAGAAGAUCCAGAGGGGUCUGAGUCCAGAUUACCCAGAAUCCCUAGAGCAUCUGUUGCAGGGUGAGGAAGAAGAGCAGAGGAGCAGCGAUGCGUUUGUGAAGAUCACAGUGAACUUCCUGAGGAGAAUGAAGCAGGAGGAGCUGGCCGAGCAUCUGCAGAGCAGUUCUGUAGCUGCAGUUUGUAAAAAGCGGCUGAAGUCUAAGCUGAAGAAGAAGUGCCAGUGUGUGUUUGAGGGGAUUGUUAAAGCAGGAAACCCAACCCUUCUGAAGCAGAUCUACACAGAGCUCUACAUCACAGAGGGAGGGACUGGAGAGGUCAACGAUGAACAUGAAGUCAGACAGAUUGAAGCAGCAUCCAGGAAACCAGACAGAGCAGAAACAACCAUCAGACAGGAAGACAUCUUUAAACUCCCACCUGGAAGAGAUGAACCAAUCAGAACGGUGAUGACGAAGGGAGUGGCCGGCAUCGGGAAAACAGUCCUAACACAGAAGUUCACUCUGGACUGGGCUGAAGGCAGAACCAACCAGGACAUCCAGUUCCUGCUUCCAUUCACCUUCAGAGAGCUGAAUGUGCUGAAAGAGAGAAAGUUCAGCUUGGUGGAACUUGUUCAUCACUUCUUUACUGAAAUCAGAGAAAUGUGCAGCUUUGAAGAGUUCCAGGUCGUGUUCAUCUUUGACGGUUUGGAUGAGAGUCGACUUCCUCUGGACUUCCACAGCAAUGGGGUCCUGACUGAUGUUACAGAGUCCACCUCAGUGGAUGUGCUGCUGACAAACCUCAUCAGAGGAAACCUGCUUCCUUCUGCUCAUCUCUGGAUCACCACACGACCUGCAGCAGCCAAUCAGAUACCUCCUGAGUGUGUCUCCAUGGUGACAGAGGUCAGAGGGUUCACUAACCCACAGAAGGAGGAUUACUUCAGGAAGAGGUUCAGAGAAGAGGAGCAGACCAGCAGGAUCAUCUCCCACAUCAAGACAUCACGGAGCCUCCACAUCAUGUGCCACAUCCCAGUGUUCUGCUGGAUCACUGCUACGGUUCUGGAGAAAGUCCUGGAAACCAGAGAGGGAGGGGAGCUGCCCAAGACUCUGACUGAGAUGUACAUCCACUUCCUGGUGGUCCAGGCCAAACUGAAGAAGGUCAAGUAUGAUGGAGGAGCUGAGACGGAUCCUCACUGGAGUCCAGAGAGCAGGAAGAUGGUGGAGUCUCUGGGAAAACUGGCUUUUGAGCAGCUGCAGAAAGGAAACCUGAUCUUCUAUGAACCAGACCUGAGAGAGUGUGGCAUCGAUGUCAGAGAGGCUUCAGUGUACUCAGGAGUGUUCACCCAGAUCUUUAGAGAGGAGAGCAGUCUGUACCAGGACCAGGUCUUCUGCUUCAUCCAUCUGAGUGUUCAGGAGUUUCUGGCUGCUCUUCAUGUCCAUCGUACCUUCAUGAAGUCUGGAGUCAACAUGUUGGAGGAACAAAGAAACACCUCCAGGUGGUUUAAAAAAAGAGCAGAAACUGACCUGUAUCAGAGUGCUGUGGACAAGGCCUUACAGAGUACAAACGGACACCUGGACUUGUUCCUCCGCUUCCUCCUGGGUCUCAAACUGGAGACCAAUCAGACUCUCCUACGAGGUCUGCUGAAACCAAAACAAAGAAGAUCACAGAACAACCAGGAAACAGUUAAAUACAUCAAGGAGAAGAUCAGUGAGGAUCUGUCUGCAGAGAAAAGCAUCAACCUGUUCCACUGUCUGAAUGAACUGAACGAUGGUUCUCUGGUGGAGGAGAUCCAACGGUCCCUGAGGUCAGGACGUCUCUCCACAGAUGAACUGUCUCCUGCUCAGUGGUCGGCUCUGGUCUUCAUCUUACUGUCAUCAGAAGAUCUGGAGGUGUUUGACCUGAAGAAAUACUCAGCUUCAGAGGAGGUUCUACGGAGGCUGCUGCCGGUGGUCAAAUCCUCCAAGAAAGUUGUGUUGAGUGACUGUAACCUCUCAGAGGACAUCUGUGCAGAUCUGUCCUCAGUUCUCAGCUCUCAGUCCUCCAGUCUGACAGAACUGGACCUGAGUAACAACCACCUGCAGGAUUCAGGACUGAAGAAGCUGUGUCCUGGACUGGAGAGUCCACACUGUCACCUGGAGUCUCUCAGGUUGAGUGACUGUAACCUCUCAGAGUACAUCUGUCCAGAUCUGUCCUCAGUUCUCAGCUCUCAGUCCUCCAGUCUGACAGAACUGGACCUGAGUAACAACGACCUGCAGGAUUCAGGACUGAAGAAGCUGUGUUCUGGACUGGAGAGUCCACACUGUCACCUGGAGUCUCUCGGGUUGAGUGACUGUAACCUCUCAGAGGACAUCUGUGUAGAUCUGUCCUCAGUUCUCAGCUCUCAGUCCUCCAGGCUGACAGAACUGGACCUGAGUAACAAUGACCUGCAGGAUUCAGGACUGAAGAAGCUGUGUCCUGGACUGGAGAGUCCACACUGCCACCUGGAGUCUCUCAGGUUGAGUGACUGUAACCUCUCAGAGGACAUCUGUGCAGAUCUGUCCUCAGUUCUCAGCUCUCAGUCCUCCAGUCUGACAGAACUGGACCUGAGUAACAAUGACCUGCAGGAUUCAGGACUGAAGAAACUGUGUCCUGGACUGGAGAGUCCACACUGUCACCUGGAGUCUCUGAGGUUGAGUGAGUGUAACCUCUCAGAGGACAUCUGUGCAGAUCUGUCCUCAGUUCUCAGCUCUCAGUCCUCCAGUCUGACAGAACUGGACCUGAGUAACAACCACCUGCAGGAUUCAGGACUGAAGAAGCUGUGUCCUGGACUGGAGAGUCCACACUGUCACCUGGAGUCUCUCAGGUUGAGUGGUUGUAACCUCUCAGAGGACAUCUGUGCUGAUCUGUCCUCAGUUCUCAGCUCUCAGUCCUCCAGUCUGACAGAACUGGACCUGAGUAACAACCACCUGCAGGAUUCAGGACUGAAGAAGCUGUGUCCUGGACUGGAGAGUCCACACUGUCACCUAGAGUCUCUCAGGCUGUCAGGCUGUCUGAUCUCAGAAGAAGGCUGUGCUUCUCUGGUCUCAGCUCUGAGCUCCAACCCCUCCCAUCUGAGAGAGCUGGACCUGAGCUACAACCAUCCAGGAGAGUCAGCAGGGAAGCUUUUGUCUGCUGGACUGGAGGAUCCCCGCUGGAGACUCGACACUCUCAGGCUGUCAGGCUGUCUGAUAUCAGAGGAAGGCUGUGCUUCUCUGGUCUCAGCUCUGAGCUGCAAUCCCUCCCACCUGAGAGAGCUGGACCUGAGCUACAACCAUCCAGGAGAAUCAGCAGUGAAGCUUUUGUCUGCUGGACUGGAGGAUCCCCGCUGGAGACUGGACACUCUCAGGGUGGAGCCUGCUGGACAACCAUGGUUGAUACCAGGUCUGAGGAAGUAUUCCUGUCAACUCACCAUUGACACAAACACAGUCAACAAACGCAUCAAACUGUCUGACAACAACAGGAAGAUGAUGUUUGUGAAGGAGGAUCAGUCAUAUCCUGAUCAUCCAGACAGGUUUGAUUACUGGCGUCAGCUGCUGUGUAAAGAAGUUCUGACGGAUCGCUGUUACUGGGAGGUCCAGACGAGAGGCGGAGUUUCUGUAUCAGUGAGUUACAGAAGAAUCAGCAGGAAAGGAGGCUCUAAUGACUGUGUGUUUGGAUGGAACGAUCAUUCCUGGAGUCUGGAAUGUUCUGAUGAUGGUCGGUACUCUGUCUGUCACAAUAACAGAGGAACAUCUUCCUCCUCCUCUUCCUCAGUCUCUGACAGAGUAGCAGUGUAUGUGGACGUUCCUGCUGGAACUCUGUCCUUCUACAGCGUCUCCCCUGACAGACUGAUCCACAUCCACACCUUCAACACCACAUUCACUGAACCUCUCUCUCCUGGGUUUGGGUUUGGGUUUGGUUCUUCAGUGUCUCUGUGUUGAGUUAAGUCUCAAGAGUCUCCUCCUGUCAGAGAAACUGUCUCUGUUGGACAGAUAGUUGAGUCUGUACAUGUCAUCCAUCCAUCCAUCCAUCCAUCCAUCCAUCCAUCCAUCCAUCCAUCCAUCCAUCCAUCCAUCCAUCCAUCCAUCCAUCCAUCCAUCCAUCCAUCCAUCCAUCCAUCCAUCCAUCCAUCCAUCCAUCUUCUGAUCCAGGUCCAGGUUGUGGGGUAGCAGCCUCAUCAGACUGGUCCAGACCUCCCUCUCCUUGGUCCCAGACCAACAGAUAAAAACUCUCAGUGAGUCCUUCUUCUACCGCGGGGCCUCGUCCCGGUUGGACUUGCCUUAAACACCUCUCGAUGGAGGUGUCCAGGGGACAUCCUCAGCAGUUGUCGAAACCAUCUCUGUUCCUCUAGAGGUGGACGACCAGUGACUCUACUCUGAGUCUCCCCUCAAUGAUUGCACUUCUCUUGUUUCAUCUCAUUUCUUGACAGACCAAAUUUCACCUCAGAACUCCCAAAAUACAAGCAGCAUAAAAAAUCUGUUACCAGAGGAACAAACCCUCUGGACCACUGCUGCACAGUCAUGAAGGACGUUUCUCGCUCUGUCCCCCGUGCAGCUUCAGGACUCCGAGUUAUUUCCUGCUUUUGAAAUAAAGUUGAAAUCAGACGCCAUUUCAGAUCAGUAACUGCUGAUAGAGACUCUGUUUUCAUCCCUAAACUGUGUUAAUUCGACAUCUUACUGUUGCUGUCUUUUGUCCUUUGAGUAGAAAAUGUCUUUCCACUGAUUUGCUGCAGUUUUCCAGUUGUAUUUGUCCAUUAAGGUGGGUUAUAGUAACCCACUGAAACCCUUAAAAGACUGUCUCAGGGACUUUAAAACCUGGAUGAAGAUUAACUGUCUUAACCUCCAGAACCAUCAUCCUUUGUGACGUCACUGAUGACAUCACCUGUUUCUGAUUAUGUGGUAUGGGGUGUGGGGGGGACCGCAGCUCCUGAAGCUCCGGCCUGAAAACAUGCACAAAAGAGAAAAAAGCGCAAACCUGUAAGAUGGCAUCACUGCCAAAUUAUAAAAAAAUACAAUCUAUUAAAGCAGCACAAUGUAACUUUCAGCUUUUGUUGAGUUUGGCGGCUCCUUUGGACAAAAGCAGUAAUGCUUUACCAGAAAGAACACUACAUUUCCCAUGAACACCAGGGUGUACUGCCGGAAAGAUCCUGUCCCCGUCGCGUGCAUUUGUUUUGAGAGAAGACGGGACGGACUUUCAAAACUACUUUUCUGUUUCACCAAGUGAACAGACGGAACGCAAAAAAAAGAUGUUAAACUGCUGGAAAGGAACUGUAAUUUACCGGGAUACCUUAAACAAGUAAGCCAGGGAGCGGUAUAUGGAGAAAAUAAUGAUUAUUAACGGUUUGGAUCCAUAUGAAAUCCCUACUAAAGAAUGGAGCUCCUCGUCGGAGCUAGAAGGAUUUACUGCCGCAGUUCUGCACAACCGACGUCUUAGGCUACCUUGUUUAGGAUGGUUUGGCAGCUGC